GUAGCAAAACCCCGGGAAAACACUCAAAUUGGCAUCAAAGUUUACUAAAAUUUCAAUUUAUUGCCGCUAAAACCACUUAUACAAAAAGCCGCUUCCUCCUCAUUUCAAUCCACAGUUUACUUUUAUUCACAGCAGAUCCACAGAGAGAAAACACGAGUGCGAGCUAGGGUUAGGGUUUCGUGAGUGUUUGUUGGUUUAUUCUUCCUUUAAGCAAGAGAAAUGGCGAAAACGGUGAGUCCAGGUGCGAUUUCCAGCAUCAUGUCGAAUCCUAAUCCGGAUUCUUCUGCUGUUCUUCCGGAAAUCGUUGUUCAAGUGCUCGAUCUAAAGCCUCUCGGUAACAGAUACACUUUUAAUGCGAGUGAUGGCAAGAGUAAGCUGAAGGCAAUUCUGCAGUCCAGUUUUUCAUCAGAGGUUGUCAAUGGAAACAUCCAGAGCCUCGGUCUCGUUCGUGUCACUGACUACACUCUCAACGACAUUCCAAACAAGAACGAAAAGUACUUGAUUGUGACAAAAUGUGAAGCAGUAUCUCCUCCUUUGGAGGCAGAAUAUAAGGUAGAGGUGAAAAGUGAAAAUGCAGGUAUUGUCUUGAAACCAAAGCAAGAGGUUAUCACCAAAUCAGCAGCUCAAAUCAUCCAUGAACAGAACAGGAAUGUGGCUCCUGCUGCAAGAAUGUCAAUGACUAGAAGGGUUCACCCACUGGCAUCCUUAAACCCCUAUCAAGGAAACUGGACAAUUAAAGUUCGACUUACUGCUAAAGGAACCAUGCGCCAUUACAAGAAUGCACGAGGGGAAGGUUGUGUCUUUAACGUGGAACUAACUGAUGAGGAUGGUACUCAAAUUCAAGCAACCAUGUUUAAUGAGGCUGCAAGGAAGUUUUUUGACAUGUUUGAAAUGGGAAAAGUUUAUUACAUAUCCAAAGGGUCUUUAAAAGUGGCUAACAAGCAGUUCAAGACUGUACAGAACGAUUAUGAAAUGACUUUGAAUGAAAAUUCUCUAGUGGAAGAAGCAGUCAAUGAAGCGGCUUUUAUCCCUGAAACCAAGUUUAACUUUAUCCCAAUUGAUCAGUUGGGACCAUAUGUCCAGCAGAAAGAACUUAUUGAUGUUAUUGGUGUUGUGCAAAAUGUAUCUCCAACAAUGAGCAUUAGAAGGAAAAUUGAUAACGAGACAGUCCCAAAACGUGACAUAACUAUUGCAGAUGACACGAAGAAGACAGUAGUUGUGUCUUUGUGGGGUGGUCUUGCCACAGAUCUUGGUCAAAAACUUUUAGACAUGGCUGAUGAUUCACCAGUCGUUGCAAUCAAAUCCUUAAGGGUAUCCGAUUUUCAAGGGGUAUCAUUGUCAACCGUGAGCAAAAGCAUCGUAGAAAUAAACCCUGACAGCCCUGAUUCUCAAAAGUUGAAAUCAUGGUAUAGCUCAGAAGGCAAAGAAACCAGCAUGCAAUCUCUUGGCUCGACUUUGAGCCCUUCAAUGAAAAGUGGCGGUAGAUCACUCUAUGCUGACCGCGUGACACUUGACCAUAUAACCAGCAACCCGUCUUUGGGUGAAGACAAGCCUGUGUUUUACAGCGCACGAGCUUGUAUGAGUUUGAUCAAAACUGAUCAAACCAUGUACUACCGCGCAUGCAAAACCUGCAACAAGAAAGUUACCGAAGAGCUUGGUUCUGGUUACUGGUGUCAAGCAUGCCAAAAGACUGAAUCUGACUGUAGUUUGAGGUAUAUUUUGUCUGCAAAGUUUUCUGAUGCAAGUGGUGGAGCUUGGUUUUCUCUUUUCAGUGAUGAAGCCGAGAAAAUAAUCGGGUGCCCUGCUGAUGAGCUUGAUAAUAUGAAGUCACAGGAUGAUGUAAGUGAUUACCAAACACAACUUAAGAAAGCAACAUGGGUCCCACAUGUUUUCCGAUUGAUGGUUGCACCACGAGAGUACAAUAAUGAGAAAAGACAAAGGAUUACCGUGAAGUCUGUGAAUCCAGUUGAUUUUGCAGCUGAGUCCAAGCUGUUGCUGCAGGAGAUCUCUUCAAUGAAAGCUUGAAAAUUAUGAUGGCUGUUUGGUAUCUUGUUCUUUGAAAGAUAUGUAUUUAAAGUAACAUUUAGCUUGUGGUUUAUGGGAUGGUUGUAGUUAGUUUCUUCAUGUCAGUCUUUGUGCAUUUGCAGUUUUGAAUAUGAAAUAUGGUUUCUUGAAUUAUUAGUGA